AUGUGGUCCCAAUUAGCUGCACUCUGCCUGAUAGUGGCCAGUAUUGAAGGUCAUCCAACUGCAGUAUCAUAUCAGUCUCGUACAGAUGGUCACAGUCACCACCACCAUGGAGUACAACAUAUUGAACACCACGGCCUGCAUCCAAUUAACCACCAUGUAAUCCAGCACAGUGGACACAUAGGCAUCUUGAACAAUCACGGCCGCGAUCACGGACAUUGGGAUCAUGUAUCGUCACACCCUUCUUACAAGUUCUCGUACCAAGUGUCUGAUCCGCACACUGGAGACCACAAGUCGCAGACAGAGUGGCGACAUGGCGACGUAGUGAAGGGCACUUACUCCCUCGUGGAGCCUGACGGCAACGUGCGGACUGUUCAUUACACAGCUGAUGAUCACCGUGGUUUCAAUGCUGAUGUUCAUCACACGACGCAUCAUCAUCAUCCACAUCAUUCUGUUCAUCAUCAUCGUGGUCAUCACCAUUAA